CGAGGAUAUCCAUAUGGCCGAUGAACAGGUCGAACAGCAGGAACAAGAAUAUGACUUGAACAAGAUCAAGUUGUUGCCUGGAGCCUCAGAAGAUGGUACUGCUGCUUCUUUCCAGAUCCUUGAAGAAGACCAUACUUUGGGAAAUGCCUUGCGUUACAUGAUAAUGAAGAACCCAGAGGUCGAAUUCUGUGGUUAUUCCAUUCCUCAUCCUUCAGAAAACAAGUUGAACAUUAGAAUCCAGACCUACGGAAACAUAACUGCAGUGGAAGCCUUGCAUCAAGGUUUGGACAACUUGGCUGAGUUGUGCACUGUCAUUGGUGAUAAGUUCGAAGAGAAGAUCAGCGCCGGUGGCUACAAGAACACCGAACCAUAGGCUGAUUCCUAAACCGGGGUAUGUCUUGAAAGCUGUAACUUCAGUAUACCUCUAAGACAUCUUUUCAUAUAGAGAGAUGUCUAUGUACCAUACCACCAAAAGUGCUACAGCUACUUGGAAGUACUUAUAUAUGUCUCUUUGCAUAUCAGUUCUGCUGAUCAUUCAUUCUAUAAUAGAAAUGUACCAUACG